AUGUUGCGGACAUCGCUUCGAUCCGUGAGGGGCCUGAGCAGCAGGUCUGUCGCUGCUGCUUCUGGCCGUCAAUGGCAAGCGGCGGCGGCGGCGCGGCCUGCUGGGCUCGUCGCGAGGAGAUACUUUGCCGACGAAAAGACUCCAGCCUCACAAGUCCCUAAACCCCCUGCUUCAGAGACAAACACGGCGUCUACAAGCCAAACGCCCUCUCCACCGCUCGAGAACGACAUCGACGCCAAAAGCAUACCCGCCGAGAACGUGCCCUUGACCCCUCCCGCUCCCGAAGACCUAGGUGCCGUUACGAAGGAAGAGAAGUCCGCGUCGCCUACGCCUCCCCCACCUCCUGCGGGCAAGGGCUUCUUCAGGAGCCUGCGAAACUAUGUCCUGACUCUGGUACUGCUCGGCGCCGUCGCCUUUGGCGGUGGUGUCUGGUACUCCCGCAUCAACGACAGCUUCCACGACUUCUUCACAGAGUAUAUCCCCUACGGCGAGCAGGCUGUGCUCUACCUGGAGGAGGCCGAAUUCCGGAAGCGUUUCCCCAACAUCUCAAACCGUGGCACCGGGGCGCGACGGGAUACUGGCGAGGCGGUGCGGAUCCCAGCUCAAAGCGGCAUGUCAUGGAGGGUAGCCGACAGCGGCGACCCAGCUGGUAGACAAUCCAGCGCUGUUGACAAGACGGCCGCUGCGAAGAAGGAGGCUAAAGCAAAGGAGCCCCAGCCCAAGGCACAGCCCAAGAAGGAAACUCCCAAGCCCGCGGAACCCAAGAAGGCUGCCCCCGUGGCUGCUGCUCCUGUUGCAGCGACCUCUGACUUCAAGCCGCCAGAGGUCAACGAGCCUUCUCGGUUCCCUCCGACAGCUCCUCUCGCGCCCAUCUACUUCCCCGAUGUGAACGAGCCCGUGGUCCAGGACCUGGCGUACAUGCUGAACGACAUCAUUGCCGUGAUCAACGCCGACGGUGCGCACAGCAAAUACGGCUCCAGUAUCGAGAAGGCCAAGAGUCAAUUGAAGAAGGUCACCUCGGAGAUCGACCAGAUCAAGGCCAAGGUCGAGUCGGAUGCUGCCGCCCGUGUCAAGGAGCGCGUCCAAGACUUUGACAAGGCUGCCAACGAUCUCGUGACUCGCGUUGAGUCUGCCAUGGCUGCGCAGGAAGUUGGAUGGCAGCGCGAGUUUGACGAGGAGAUCAAGAAGCUGAAGGAGGUACACGACCAGCGCAUCAAGGUUAUGACUGAGCGUGAGCGGCAAGUCAACGAGGAGCGACUCAACAACAAGCUCCUGGAGCAGGCCAUCGAGCUUAAGCGGUUGUUUGCGAAGGAGAUCCAGCAGCGAGUCGAGCAGGAGCGGGACGGCAGGCUGGGCAAGCUGGAGGAGCUGUCCAAGUCUGUCAAGGACCUCGAGAAGUUGGCCGGCGGCUGGAACGAGGUCAUCGACACGAACCUGCGCACACAGCAGCUCCACGUGGCUGUCGAGGCUGUCCGCGCCAGCCUGCAGGACUCGGCACACCCGCGACCAUUCAUCAAGGAGCUGGUCGCCCUGAGAGAGAUCGCGGCGGAAGACACGGUUGUCAACGCAGCUAUCUCGUCCAUCAACCCUUCGGCCUAUCAAAGAGGUAUCUUCUCGCACCAGGACCUCACCGACAGGUUCCGACGCGUGGCUACCGAGGUGCGCAAGGCAUCUCUCCUGCCUGAGGACGCCGGCGUUGCCAGCCACGCAUCCAGCUUGCUGCUGAGCAAGGUUAUGUUCAAGAAGCAGGGCCUGGCCGCCGGUGACGACGUCGAGAGCGUGCUCACGCGGACGCAGACCUUCCUCGAGGAGGGCGACCUGGACAAUGCUGCGCGUGAGAUGAACGGGUUGACUGGCUGGGCAAAGACACUGAGCCGGGACUGGCUCGGUGAGGUGAGGAAGGUGCUGGAAGUGAGGCAGGCCUUGGAGGUUAUCCAGACGGAAGCUAGGCUACAGAGCCUGAAGGUGGAGUAG